UUGGAGCAUUUUGAUAUCGCAUAAACACACGACUAUUUUUGCAGAUCAUCGAGAAUAGAAAUUACAGAAGAUUACGUGGAAAAACCACCAUUCGUAUAGUCGAUAGUGCAAUAAGUUACAGUGACUGACCGUGCUAAAAAAAAAAAGACGACGAAAGGAGAAAGAUCAUGGUACUGUCGAUGUUUGAUGAAGCACACGCAGGAUAGAAAGUGUCUGAAAGAGUGCAGGAAAGAGUCCACUAACAUAAGAUCAAGAAUACGGUAAGAUAGGAUAUAAAAAUCGGUGUUCGAAGCUAAUCGAAACGGGAAAGAAUUUGUUGAUAACAACAAGAAGAAAAGGAAUAAAAGAACAAAACGAACAGUAGUGAGGUUCGGUAGUAUCCAAUAGUAAAGAAGGUGGAGUGAUAGUGGUAGGUCCUGACUGUAUUCAUGUUGUAGUAUUGGUACUCUGGUGUGGUCGUAAGGUGGUGUUAAUGGUAAUGGUAGUGAUAGAGCUGUUACUGUUGAUGGUAGUGGUGGUGGUGGCAGUGGAGGCGGCAGUGGCAGCGGCAGCGGGGGCAGCCAUACUCAAACAACCGCCGAGCGAAGAACGAAGAGCGCGGAGCGGCGUAGAAAUGAAACGAUAAUACGGCACGUUUAAACGUUCAGGGCCUGGGACGAGGCGCAAGACGCGAGUUUGACCGAUUGGCCGUAAAAGAAUCAGGGCGGAAGUGCGGCAAAGUUCGGAGAGGAAAAAGAAAGAGUGAGUGUCGUGGAAAAGAAGGGGGCUCCGCCGUCGAAUAUCGGUGGUGACUCUGAGCAGACGGUAUGAGCGCAAAGACAGACGUUAACAGACGAGUCCUAGCGAUUCAGGCAAAAAAAAAGAGGCACAAGCCGAGUAAAAGAAAAGGAAAGGGUAAUUCUCAGGGUGAUACGGACUCCUCAACCACCGGACAGUGCUCGAAACCACAGCCAAGCGUCGCUCGACAAGGACAAGGAUCCGAUUUCUUUCAAGACGCCUCUUCGGGCCAGAGACCAUAUUCUAACGAUAAUGGGAAUAGAAUGGAACCGUGUCACAGCUCCAGCAAUGAAACAAUAGAGGAUGACGAUGAAGUGUACAGUAGCGAAGAUGAAGAGCAAGAAGAUAGCAGUGAUUAUUGCAAAGGAGGUUAUCAUCCUGUGAAGAUAGGGGAUUUGUUUUUAAGUCGUUAUCAUGUGACUCGAAAACUUGGCUGGGGUCAUUUCUCUACGGUCUGGCUUUGUUGGGAUCUACAGGACAAACGAUUUGUGGCACUUAAAGUAGUAAAAUCCGCAACUCAUUUUACUGAGACUGCUUUAGAUGAAAUAAAAUUAUUAAAAGAUGUACGUGAUACGGAUCCUAUUGAUCCUAAACGAAAUAAGACCGUCCAAUUGCUCAAUGACUUCAAAAUCAGUGGCAUUAAUGGUCUUCAUGUUUGCAUGGUAUUCGAAGUGCUUGGACAUAAUCUUCUUAAAUUAAUCAUUAAAUCUAGCUAUAGAGGAAUUCCAAGAAACAAUGUUAAACGCAUCAUCCGUCAAGUCCUUGAAGGUUUAGAUUAUCUUCAUAAUAAAUGUAAAAUUAUUCAUACAGAUAUUAAACCUGAAAAUGUUCUUAUAUGCGUUGAUAAGACUUAUAUAAAAAAAUUAGCUUGUGAAGCAACAGAAUUACAUUCUAUGGGUAUAAAAUUACCAGUUUCAUUAAUUUCUACUGCGCCCAAAGAAUUUCAAGAACCUACGCCAAAUUCCAAAAUGUCUAAAAAUAAAAAGAAGAAACUAAAGAAGAAGGCUAAACGGCAAAACGAAUUAUUGAAGAAACAAAUGGAGCAAAUAGAGGAAAUAGAAGAGCAAAAUAAACUUGCAAAUAUUACAAGAGAAAAUGGCGAGUUGGAGACAAAUAGUCCAGAUCAAGACGUGAAUACAGAAAGUAUAGAAGAUAAUACGGAAAGUAAAGGUUCCCCCGAAAUCUCAGAACCAUCUGCACCAUCGUUACAUGUCAAUGGAGUAGAUGGUUUAGCAGGUGGAGAAAAAAUACAAAAUCAGUCAACCAAUCGGUCAGACAAAGUGGAGAAUAUGACUUUGUGUGACGUUGACAAAAGUUGUGGUGAGAGUACUACUCUACCACGAGAUCCAGAAGAUACGGACGAAUGUAGUGAAGGACGUAAUUUAAAUCCACCUGAGAGCAAACAAUUAAAACGGGCAUCCGUAGCACCACUUGAUCCAGCUACAGUAGAUUGUGAAGUUGAAGUAAAGAUAGCUGAUCUUGGAAAUGCAUGCUGGGUUCAUAAAAAAUUUACAGAUGAUAUACAAACACGUCAAUAUAGAUCUUUAGAGGUAUUGUUAGGAUCAGGCUACGAUACUUCAGCAGAUAUAUGGUCCACAGCGUGUAUGGCAUUUGAAUUGGCUACUGGUGAUUAUCUGUUUGAGCCACAUAGUGGUAAAGAAUAUUGUAGAGACGAAGACCAUUUAGCUCAUAUUAUAGAACUGCUCGGAGAAAUACCUAGACGUAUAGCGCUUUCCGGAAAAAAUUCAAAAAUGUACUUUAACAAAAAAGGUGAAUUGAAGCAUAUUACCGGUUUAAAGCCGUGGGGACUUUAUGAGGUGCUUACAGAAAAAUAUGAUUGGUCACCCAGUGAAGCACGUGAAUUUGCUGAAUUUUUAACUCCGAUGUUAGAAUUUGAUCCAAGUAUGCGUGCUACCGCUGCUGAGUGCCUGAAGCACCCUUGGUUGCAAAUCAAGUGAUCCUGUUUUUAUUUUAUUUUAUUUUAUUUUAUCUGAUUUUUUCUUUUUAUUUAAUUCUUUUAUUUUGAAAUUUCUGAGAUCCUUACUCUUUGCAACCCUGAUGCAAUUAAAAGUCGAGAGUGUGACAGGAAGCAGAGAUUAGAAAAAAGAAAUUUUUAUAUUCAAUUAUAAUUUCAAUUUUCAUAUAAAACGAAUACAUUACUAGGCACUCAUAUCCUAUAUUUAUGUCAUAUUCUAUUUCACAAACGAAAUGUAAAAUGGAAUCUAAAUAUGACACAAACAUAGCAUAUUAUAAUGUAAAAAUAUAGGCGACGAUAAUAAAUUAUAUUGAUAAAUACAAUGUCUCGAUAUUAUUAAGAGUUAGAAAUCGAUUGUGUAAAAUCUUGUCUAUACUGAAAUAUGCUUCCUAAUGAAAUACUCUCGACAUCAGCCGCCUAUACGUGUAAUUAUAAAUUUGUUAAAUCAUCUUCAUUUAGUGUGAUGACAAUUUAAAUUAAAGUAAAUAGUAUUUUAUUACUUUAUGCAUUCAUUACAUCCUUCGUACCGGUCACUUUAUUUAUCUACAAGUAUUCCAAGAGUACCCACUCAUAAAAUACUUUAUAGAUAUUUAAGGGCAGGCCCGUUAAAACACAUAUUUACAUAACUUCACCUAACUACAUUUCUUUUUAAGAUAAUUGCGGUUAAAGUCAAAUUUAAUAAAAGUUUUUUUUUCUUUUUGUUAUUUACAAUUUUCUGUGUAAACUGUUAGACAUACAAUGUAAAUUUCUCACUACCUCGUUGCAUUAGAUAUUUUAAAAUACUCAUACACACAUGCCGAAAGAUGUAGUUAAUGCACAGAAUAUUUCUACGAAUUUACAAUGUAUUCAAACGUACGAAUGAUUAAUAUCAAAUGAGAGUUGGUCAUCAGAUUCUUGGUAUAUAAAGCCAAAUAAGUGUGAACACAAAUCGAUAUGAGACAAUAUGUUUUGACGGAAUAUUUAAAGGGGCACAAAUAUUUGAGUAAAGAAAAGAUUGUUAAACUAAUAUAUUAUAUUAGAAAUAUGAGUCUAACAUGCAAGUAUCUGAAGCAAUAUUAGUUUUGAUUGUGCAAAUUUAUGUAUUGAUAGAUCAUCCCAAAGUAAUACGGUUAUUUAAAAUAAGUUUUUAAAUAACGAAACAAAAAAAUAUGCAACUUUAAUCUAAGAUAUUGGAUCAUCCUAAAAGCUUCCUGCGUUUUCUUAGUUAAUUUUGUAUAUGAUCCAUUCUGCUUUAUUACUUUUCUCUGUACCAUAUAUAAUUCAAUUAAAUAACAUAAAAUUUUUAAUAUUCUACAAAAGUGUACAAAAACAAGAAACUUUUGAAACGACUUAAUAUAUUUAUCACCAUUAUUUGCAAUAUUCUUAAUUUUUAAUUUUUCAAUACUUUGGCGAUUAACUUUUCAUCAUGAAGUUGUUAAUGUUAUACCGAUUUUUAUUCAUCUUUAAGACUAUAAUUUCUACAACGAAAAUGCUGAAAUUAUUUUGGAUCAUAAAUUUUUUGUAUUUUAUCAUUUACUGCUGUGGCAGUGUGUUGCCCUGAUUAAAUGCCCAAA